UAUCAAUUGAUGGUACAUGGUUGAUACAUAAAUGUACACUCAAGUGCUGGAGGGGAUUGAUGGUGAUAACGUGACCCUUGGGGACUAGCGUCUUCGAUCCCCUUCCCACUCCCCUUGAGACGACCAGCAUCACAGCGCAGUCGACGCAGCACAAUAGAAACAGCAAUGGUGCAGUACAAUACAAUAGAGUAACAGUGCAGUCAGUAUACGCAAACUCGGCGAGAUUGCAUCCAUUCGCCUCCCUUUCUGUUCCCUCUCCCUCCUUGUCUCCGUUUCUCUCUCUGUCUUCAGUCUGUCUGUCUGUCUGCCAGUGUCCGUGUGUCUCUCUCCCUGAUCUCGUUGAUUCGCUCUUCUUCUUCCGCCCCUCGAAUAUUUCCGUCAUUCCAUAUAUCCCGUGCCUGGUCUGCCUGUGUCUGUGCCUGUGUCUGUGUGUGUGUCUAGUGCUAGAGGUACUGUAAUAACCGCCGCCCACAAGAAAGAGACCCCUCUCUCUCUCUCUCCCCCCCCCUCCCCGCGCCGAAUCACAGUCCAAGCAUCUCUGCUUGCCCUUUUCCCCCUUUGCUUUGCUUUGCUUUCUCUAUUUCAACUGUUCUGCUCUGCUCUGCUCUCCUCUCUUCCGUCCUGCCCGUGACCAGAGACCAAAGAGCCCUGGAUCCUGCCAAGCGCCCGAUCCUCGACGCCCACCACGCCCACUCGACCUCCACCACCACUUCCCCCGUGGAUUGAUUGAUCGAUUGAUUGUUUGAUUGAUUCAUCCAUCCAUCCAUUGAUCCCAUCCCAUCCCGCUUCGCCUCUCUCGCGUCCACUCUCCUGUCUUGUUUGCCUGCUUGCCUGCCGAGGCUUCGACUUUCCCCAUCCAUUCAUCCCAGGUGCCAACCAACCAACCAACCAACCCCCAUCCGCCGACUCUGCUCUCUGCCCCCAUCGCCGCCUCUCUUCUCUGCUCCUCGACCCCCCUCCCGCCUCCCGCCUCCCCUGUCUCCCGCAGCGCCGCCGCCCUUCUUCCAGCGACCUCGUCCCGCGCCGCCUCUCCGACCUCGAUUGUCCACCCUCGACGCGAAUGAGCGCCUGCACCGUCUGCCAUCCAUACCAUCACCACCGUCUCCAUCCUUCCACCUCCACCAUUCAUUCCGAGCACAGCCAGUCCUGCGCCGCCCCAAGGCACUCCGCUGCCGCUGCUGCAUUCUAUCCCCACGCCAAAUAUACUCUGAACCCCCCGCUGCAGCCCCGAAAGUCGUCGCCGCUCGUCACGUCGCCACCUUCCUCUUCCUCCGCCGCCCUGCAUUCCUCCACCACCGUGUCGCCGCACCGCCAGACCCCGACACCAGAGCGGGUCCCACCUCGCCCGGUAGUGGCGAAGAAAACCCCCUCCAAGCCCGCGCCCGCACAUCGAGAGCUCGAUGGGAAUAAGGCCGCCGAAUCCCCCACAGUGCACACCAGCACGCCCAUGACGUCCAAAACAAUGGGCUCCAAACGCGAAGACGUGGGCAUGCCCUUUGCCUCUCGCCUGCAACGGCCCUCCAUAAUAUCACAUCACUCCAAUUCCGUGCCCUCGACCCCCGUCCAGAAUGCCCGCCAGUACGAGUCGCGAUCGCGCUCGCCUUCGCCCAGCGGCGGUCUGAACGGCAGCCACUCGCCCCGAUCCGUCGUCAGCGAAGCCAACAGCACAUUGCCCACCCUGCGCCCGCAGGGCCGCACCGUCCGCUGUCCCUACGAGACCAACGUCGCCAACGGCCGCCGCCGAGUGCCCUACAUCUGCUCCGAUCUGCUCGAAGCACCAAAGGAGAAGCCCAAGCUCACGCUGGAUCCCCAAGAAGACAAGAAGUUGACGGGCGACAUGCGCGCCAUGUACGACCGGUUACAGCCGAGCAGGGAAAACACCCAGCGCAGGGAUGAUUUCGUCAAGAAGCUGCAGUGGAUCCUCGAGACGGAAUUUCCCGGCAACGAGUUCAAGGUGCAUGUGUUUGGUUCCUCGGGCAAUAUGCUGUAUACUAGCGAAAGUGAUGUUGACAUGUGCAUACAAACACCCAUGACCAAACUCGAGGAAAUGCACGGUUUGGCAGCAGCCCUCGCAAAGCAUGGGAUGGAACGUGUCGUGUGCAUACCCCAAGCCAAAGUACGCAUCGUCAAGGUCUGGGACCCUGUGCUCAAGCUGGCUUGCGACAUGAAUGUGAACAAUACCCUCGCCCUCGAGAACACCCGCAUGAUCAAGACCUAUGUACAAAUCGACGAGCGCGUCCGCCAAUUGGCCAUGAUUGUAAAAUAUUGGACAAAACAGCGCAUCUUGAACGACGCUGCUUUCGGAGGAACCAUCAGUUCUUAUACCUGGAUAUGCAUGAUUUUGAAUUUUCUCCAGACCCGGGAUCCGCCAAUAAUACCGUCGCUGCAUAAGCUUUCGCACAAGGCAGCCGACUCCACUCCUAGCAAGUCCAAGUCUGACUUUGCCGACGAUUUGACCAAGCUGGUCGGCUAUGGAGAGCAGAACAAGGAAUCGCUGGGUCAGCUGCUGUUCCACUUUUUCCGGCGGUAUGGCUACGAGGUUGAUUUCGAAAAGUCGGUCGUUUCGGUGCGUGAGGGGUGUUUGCUUGCGCGGGAAGAGAAGAACUGGCAUCGGGCGGGAUUGCAGAAGGAGGCAUUGAAUCGCUUGUGCGUCGAGGAGCCGUUCAACACGGAGCGAAAUCUGGGCAAUUCGGCCGACGACUAUUCAUGGCGCGGCAUCCACGAGGAACUCCGGCGUGCGUUUGAUCUGCUGGCAGACGGCCAGCAGCUGGAAAAGACGUGUGAGCAGUACGAGUUUCCGCCCGAGGAAAAGACUGGUCCCCCGCUUUUCAAGAAACCUCAGCCGACCAAAACGACGCUGACGUCAAGCGUGCCCAUCCGGAGCGGUCGUGGUGGCGGCGGGCAUCGUGGGGGAAGGGGCAACUACCAGAAAGGGGGGAAUGGCGGCAACGGCAGCUACGGUCGACGGGCAUCUAGUGGAGCGUCCUUCAAUCGCCCUCCGUUCCUCCACAGCCCUCCGAUUGCAGCCAUGCCUGGCCAGGACUACUUCCAGCGCGACUAUCCACGCGGUCUCAACGAGCAGCUGCACGAUCAACUCUUCCAGCAGUACCAGAUGCUGGAAAUGCAAUCCAACAGUCUUAAGCAGCACUUGAUUGCGCAGCAGCGUGCACAGCAAGCCCACCACGCACAGCAGGCCCAAAUGCAUGCCCAGGCUGUGGCCCAGGCUCAAGCUCAGCGGAGUCGAGGCACCCCCAGCACAAGUUCAGCGGGUGCUUUCCAGCAGGGCUUCCUCUAUCCGUACGCUGCUUUCUUCGAUCCGGCUCAGGCAAAUCAGUCUUCCAUGUCGCAAGAUGGCUCAAGAACCAAUCCUUCCUCGCCGUCGCUCACCAACAGUGUGCCCACCCUUCGCCGCCAGGUGCACCGCCCUUCCAAUGCGAGCGAAAACGGAUCUUUGCGGUCUCACUCGCAACCACCACGUGGGCUGCAACCUCAGGGCGUUAUUCCUGGAUACCCGCCGAUGCCGCAGUACUACGAUCCCGCCGCGUUCGCUGGCUAUCCCGUCGCACGCUCGACCACACAGGAGGCCCCGACAAGCAGCCCGCCAGGAGCGACUGAAACCCAGGCCGCCCGCGUGCCCAACUAUCCCGAGGUCCAACCGCCGUCCGAGAGCGAAACUCCCAAGGAAUAUGUCGGAUACUAUGUGGAUGAGCCCCCGGCGCCGCGAUCGUUGCAAGAGUACACGGUGUCUCAGAUCCCCUCGUUCAGCGAGCUUGCCCAAAGGCGGCGGCGCGUGUCGCCAGAAAUCACCCAGCCACUCCUCAACACGGCACUCAGACGCGUUUCAAGAUCUCCCUCGCCACUCGGUGGCCACAUGCGCAGCCAGUCGAGCAAUGCUCCACUUCCAUCCUCCAGCGCGAAGACGGAAACGAGAAAAGAGCGGACAGACUCUGUAAGGCCACCUCUCGACAACGGCCCCGUCAUUGUGAAUGGAUCGUAUCCGACGCCGAGUCACGAGUCCAGGACGAGGAGUGGGACUGUGGAUUCUGUGGCAUCAGUAGAUGUUCCAGGGCACCCAGCAGUGGGACUGGGAAUGGGAAUGUUUAUGAAUCCUGAGCAGUACGGUUUGGCUGAUUCGCCCGAGCGGCCGGGAGCCCCUGCCAACGAGUUGAAGAAAUCAGGUCAUAAUGAGAUGUUGGAGCCUAGCAUUGUCAAUGGAACUGUGAAUGGGUUUCCGCACAUGGAUCUCAAUGGAAUGGCGCAACCCUCUGGUGGAAGUCAGCAGGCUUUCCCCGCGCUUCCGGAUGGCUGGAUGAAUUACAACUUGAGCAACGGAAGCGCUCCCGAGCGUUCAGAGGAAGUGUCGCCCACUCGUUUACCGCCUCAGCAGUGGAGACCGGCGCCGUACGGCAACGGGAUGGCAGCCUUGGAUACGAUAAGCACUUCACGGCCAGUACCGCAAGAGGUUCAAUCCGCCACAUUGCCCCUGCUAUCGCCGGUGUUCGAGACGAGAACCCCUUCACCCACAGUCAGUCGGCAACCGCAACCAGCAAAGGCCACGAACGGUGCCAAGAGCCAAUUGAAGGAGAACAAUAACCAUGCUCGUCGAGCUUCGCAUUCUCCAGGUCAAACCGCUGCUCCCAAGGACAAUCGCAACAAUCAGCCAAAGGGUGGUGCUCACUCGAACGAGAAGAGUAACAACAAUAACAGCAAAGCUAGUUCAAGCAACGGCAGCAAUAACAACAACAACAAUUCCAACUCAUGGCAGCCUUCAAAGACCAAGAAAAGGAAAGGAAAAGGUGGCAAUAGGGCAAAUGACAACAAAUCUGCGGGCGAGCCGUUACCAGCGAAUGCAGCCGAUCGCAAAGGUGGAUAA